AUGGCAGCUGUCAAUCCGUGGGCCUCCUGGGGUAUCCUUACGGACCAGUCCUGGGGAAUGGCGGCUGUUGACCCGUGGACCUCCUGGGCUCUGUGUCCUCAGGACUCUGCCUGGCCUGUGGAAGAGAGCCCCAAGGAGGAGAGGAGGGUCACUGGGCUCCCGACAGCCCAGGUCCAGGAACCAGUGACUUUCAAGGAUGUGGCUGUGGACUUCACCCAAGAGGAGUGGGGGCAGUUGGACCCUAUUCAGAGGACCCUGUACCGUGACGUGAUGCUGGAGACCUAUGGGCAUCUGCUCUCUGUGGGGAAUCAGAUUGCCAAGCCGGAGGUCAUCUCUCUGUUGGAGCAAGGAGAAGAACCAUGGUCAGUGGAACAAGCAUAUCCUCAAAGCACUUGUCCAGAGUGGAUGAGAAAUCUUGAAAGCAAAGCAUUGAUCCCAACACAAAGCAUUUUUGAGGAAGAACAAUCCCAUAGCAUGAAGCUGGAAAGAUACAUAUGGGAUGAUCCUUGGUUCUCCAGGUUAGAAGUCUUGGGAUGUAAAGACCAGUUGGAAAUGUAUCACAUGAACCAGAGUACAGCUAUGAGGCAAAUGGUCUUCAUGCAAAAGCAAGUACUAUCUCAAAGAGGUUCAGAAUUCUGUGAACUUGGAGCAGAGUGUAGCCAGAGCUUAAACUUUGUUCCAUCUCAGAGAGUUUCUCAAAUAGAACAUUUCUAUAAGCCUGAUACAAAUGCUGAAAGCUGGCGGUGUAACUCAGCCAUAAUGUAUGCAGAUAAGAUUACCUGUGGAAAUCAUGAUUAUGACAAAACUUUCUACCAGUCCAUACAACCUAAUCAGCCUGAAAGGAUGCAAACUGGAGAUAAUCUUCUUAAAUGUACUGAUGCUGUGAAAUCUUUCAAUCAUAUACUACAUUUUGGUGAUCAUAAGGGAAUGCAUACAGGAGAAAAACUCUAUGAAUAUAAGGAAUGCCAUCAAAUCUUUAACCAGAGCCCAUCAUUUAAUGAACACCCACGACUUCAUAUUGGAGAAAACCAGUAUGAUUACAAAGAAUAUGAGAAUAUCUUUUAUUUUUCAUCAUUUAUGGAGCGUCAAAAAAUUGGUACUGUAGAGAAAGCAUAUAAAUACAAUGAAUGGGAGAAAGUCUUUGGGUAUGACUCAUUCCUUACUCAACAUACAAGCACAUACACCUCAGAGAAACCCUAUGAAUAUAAUGAAUGUGGAACAUCUUUCAUCUGGAGCUCUUACCUUAUCCAGCAUAAGAAAACUCAUACUGGAGAGAAACCCUAUGAAUGUGAUAAAUGUGGAAAAGUAUUUAGGAAUCGUUCGGCCCUUACUAAACAUGAACGGACUCACACUGGAAUAAAGCCCUAUGAAUGUAAUAAAUGUGGAAAAGCCUUCAGCUGGAAUUCUCAUCUUAUUGUACAUAAGAGAAUUCAUACAGGAGAGAAACCUUAUGUAUGUAAUGAAUGUGGGAAAUCUUUCAACUGGAACUCCCAUCUUAUUGGACAUCAGAGAACUCAUACCGGAGAGAAACCCUUUGAAUGUACUGAAUGUGGGAAAUCUUUCAGCUGGAGCUCCCAUCUUAUUGCUCACAUGAGAAUGCAUACUGGAGAGAAGCCCUUUAAAUGUGAUGAAUGUGAAAAAGCUUUCAGGGAUUACUCAGCCCUUAGUAAACACGAAAGAACUCACUCUGGAGCAAAACCAUAUAAAUGUACUGAAUGUGGAAAAUCCUUCAGCUGGAGCUCCCAUCUUAUUGCCCAUCAGAGAACUCACACAGGAGAGAAACCCUAUAACUGUCAGGAAUGUGGCAAAGCAUUCAGAGAACGCUCAGCCCUCACUAAACAUGAAAUAAUUCAUUCUGGAAUCAAGCCUUAUGAAUGUAAUAAAUGUGGGAAGUCCUGCAGCCAGAUGGCUCACCUUGUUAGACAUCAAAGGACUCAUACUGGAGAAAAGCCCUAUGAGUGUAAUAAAUGUGGAAAAUCCUUCAGUCAGAGCUGUCACCUUGUUGCUCAUCGGAGAAUUCACACUGGUGAGAAACCCUAUAAAUGUAAUCAAUGUGAAAGAUCUUUUAACUGUAGCUCUCACCUUAUUGCACACCGGAGAACUCAUACUGGAGAGAAACCAUAUAGAUGUAAUGAAUGUGGGAAAGCAUUUAAUGAGAGUUCUUCCCUUAUUGUACAUCUAAGAAACCAUACUGGAGAAAAACCCUACAAAUGUAAUCAUUGUGAGAAAGCUUUCUGUAAGAAUUCUUCUCUCAUUAUUCAUCAGAGAAUGCAUAGUGGAGAGAAACGCUUUAUAUGCAAUGACUGUGGAAAAGCCUUUAGUGGUCACUCAGCCCUACUUCAGCAUCAGAGAAAUCAUAGUGAAGAGAAACUGUGA